AUGUCAGAUUCUACCGAUUCUAAAGCAAAAGCUUCUCCAGAUAAUGUUACAGAAGGGUUGCAUGUAACAAAUGAAGGAAUAGCAGUUAGUGAUCCGACAUUGAUGGAAAAAAUUAAUGAACAAACAAGGGAAAUUGAAGAUGCGGUUAAAAAAGAGCAAGCACUGGUUGGUGAAAAAGAGCCGAUUGAUGUUUUGCUAACUGUAUAUAAUGAACACGAAAGUGCUGAAUAUUAUAAAAAAUCUUUGCAAUUAGCUAAGGUGUAUAAAUUUUAUCGUCGAAUUCGUGGCGAUGGUUGCUGCUUUUAUCGGGCACUUCUCUGUGCUCAGCUAGAAUCACUUCUCAAUGAUUCCAUUGAAUUAUCCAGGCUCGUGCUUUAUAUCUCGCUGUUUCGAAAGUUCUCAGAAAUAUGCAAAAACUGGCGGCAACGCUUAUUAAAGCUUGGCUUCCCAGAAUUUACUACGAAUGACUUUUGUGAUUGGUUCGAUGAAUUAUUGGAUGAUAUUGCAGUGAAAAGCUAUGAUGAAAAUUCGCUUAUGCUAGCUUUGAAUGAGGAAGGUCGUUCAAAUUACUAUGUAACCUUCCUCAGAUUGAUAACCUCAGGUUUUUUACGAGAAAAUGCUUCUACUUACGAAGGUUUUAUCGAGGGUGGCUGCUCAGUGGAAGAGUUUUGUCAGUCAGAGAUAGAACCAAUGUACAAAGAUUGUGAUCAUUUAGCAAUAAUUGCUUUGACAAAUGCUUUAGGUGUAUCAAUUCGCAUAGAAUAUAUGGAUCGGACAGCUGCACCUAAUCAUGGGUGGUAUUAUGAUUUCAUCGUUCAGCAAAAUCCUAUUAGGCAUCGUUUUCUUUAUCGACCCGGUCAUUACGAUAUUAUUUAUGAAACGUAG